ACAUGACAGCUAUUUACUAUAACUAGCUUUAUAUCACAUUGGGAAUAGACAUCAUGUCCCACUGGAGAAUGGGCUCGUUCCACUAUUUUGGUAGGUUUAAAUGCUAUAAAACACAUUCUCUCUCUCUCACACACACACACACUCACACUGUGUCAGCAUCAGUUUGCUGCCUGGGUUUGAUGUUAUUUUGAACCCAUAUGGCUCACAAUUUAAGGUGCUGAGCCACGCUUCACCUUCCGUUCCUCGUCCUGAACCACGGAAACCCCUUCAUCUCAUCACCAGAGAGAUAAUCCUGUUCUGUUAGCCUGUAAAUUGGGACGUGUCCCAGUUCGUUGCACACUUGACAUUAUUAGAACCAGAUCCUUUAGAACCAAAAUCUGUCUGUUUAUGGAAUUUUGUUUAAAUUCUGUUUAAGAGCAAAAGUACUAACAUUCAUAUUAGCAUGAAAUAAAAUUAAAAUAGCCCUAGGUUUAAAAAUCUCUCGUUAUUGGAUUCAGAAGAAUCUUUCCAUGCACAGCACUUUUAUUAUUAUUAUUAUUAUUAUUAUUAUUAUUAUUACGGUCAAUUUAAGAUUAUAUUAUUCAGGGAUGCAGCAAUUUUGGCGACGACAUCAAUAGCAAACGAGCGAAAAUGCCAAACAUUUUGUUGUUAUAUUUUAUGUCAUCAGCACAUAUUGAAAAGACACGAUUUUAAAUCGUCAAUACCUUGUAGUUUUUCAGUGAAAUAUGAUUUUUAAUCUUCAAAAAUAUUCAGAACAGAAUAAAUGAUCACAAUUUAGGCAACAAGACAAAAAGCUAAUUCGUAAUAUUCAUCAAAUCCAUCAUUUAGGUUUCGUUUUUUGCUUCAGUGUUCCCUGGAGUUCAGUCUUGGUUUUCCCCAAGAAGUUUUGCUUCAAAACUUGGUGCGUCACUAAUAUCAUUAUCACUUUCACUCGGGUUUAGAAAAGUGCUGGUGGCCAAAUCCAACAAAUUUGGAUUUGUUGCGCACUACAUGUAUAUGUUCUUCCGAUACUUGAACAAUACCUGUGAUUUGACCCACUGCAUGUGUUUAAUGUGAAGCAGCUCUGCUUGUUCAGCCAGACAGAAGGUCCGGUAAGCUGCUGUAAUCCGAUUAUUCCCACUGUUCGCCUGUCUCUUAAACACACACACACAAGCCUGAGUGGACCACCACACACACACACACACACGCACACACACAUGAAAAUGGCUGUAGCUAAAGAAGACAUUUAUCCUAGAAAGAUUCUGGACUACAUGGAGGGUUUCAUGGUGUCGAAGACUCUGUUCGUGGCGUGCGAGUUAGGGGUGUUUGAUCACCUGCACGCCUCAGAGCGCCCCCUAACCGCAGAGGAAGUAGCGCAAGAAUUGGGAACAAGUAAAGAUGGAACAGAGCGACUUCUUACAGCUUGUGUUGGACUUGAACUCCUAGUCACACAGUCAGAUGAAAAAGGGCAAGUUGUCUACAGUAACACAGAAAUGUCCACCAUGUUUCUGACGAAAUCGAGUCCACGAUCUCUUUAUCACUCGAUUGAGUACAAGUCCAACACUAUUUACCUGUGCUGGCAUUACCUGACUGAUGCGAUCAGGGAGGGAACGAAUCAGUAUGAGAAAGCUUUCGGCGUUAGCUCCAAGGAUCUGUUUAAAGCCCUGUACAGGUCUGAGGAGGAAAUGGUGAAGUUCAUGCAGCUGAUGAACUCCAUCUGGAACGUCUGUGGCCGAGAUGUGAUCACUGCCUUCAACCUUUCUCAGUUCAGGAGCAUCUGCGAUCUCGGAGGCUGCAGUGGAGCUCUGGCGAAGCAGUGUUUGUCGAUUUACCCGACAUGCAAAGUCACCAUCUUUGAUCUGCCGAAAGUCGUAAGAGUGUGUCGCGAUCACUUCCUGCCCGAGGAGGACGAGAGAAUAUUAUUCCAUGAAGGAGACUUUUUUAAGGAUGAGCUUCCCGAGGCCAAUCUCUACAUCCUAGCAAGGAUUCUGCACGACUGGACAGAUGACCGAUGUAUAGAGCUGCUGAACAAAGUUUACCAAGCUUGCAAGCCAGGAGGUGGUGUGCUAGUGAUCGAGUCCCUCCUUUAUGAAGAUAACAGCGGUCCUCUCUCCACUCAGCUCUACACACUCAACAUGCUCGUUCAGACAGAGGGUCGAGAGCGAAAAGCGUCCGAGUACACACACCUGCUCGACGCCGCCGGGUUCAGGGACACACACGUCCACAUGACGGGGAAACUCUACCACAGCAUCCUCGCACACAAAUAGAGAAUAACGUACACGAAUUAACGGACAAAGAGACAGACACGUAUAUGUUUUUUCCAACAGGAGAAAAAAGUUUCGUGCUCAGUUUCUUUACCGAACAUUAAAAACAGCUUUAACUCUUCGAUUCUUCAUCCUUUUCUUUCUUUCUUUCUUUCACAACAACCCAUGAGAAUGUUUUAGAUAAAUAACUGGAAACAUUAAGAAAACCUACAAAAUCACAUAGAAGACAUUGUUUUCGCCAUCUCAGCUCACUUUAAUUACACUUACCCUUUACUCUGAAAUAUAAUCAUUCAAAUACUGAAUCUGUUUUAUAUCUCAUGCCUGAAACAACAAUUUCUCACCAAGCGACUUAUUUACUGUAACUAGAGUCAUUUUUUUUUUGAUGACUUUUACUUUUACUCAAGAGAAUUAUUACUACAGUAGCAGCACUUUUACUCAGGGCAGAAGGUUUUGUUCUCUUUAAUGGAGUUAAUUCAUUUACUCGAAAAAUCUUGAGUCACUUGAAAGAGUUUUAUUGUUGUUUCCACUUUGAACAUUGGAACAUUGGCUUAUAUCUGUCUAAGAGCAACAUUUUUUAAAAACUAUUUGCUCACUCAGAAUAGCGCAUUAGUAUUUUAAUGGAAAUUAUGAAGAUUAACUUGUUGAAUAUAGCUGAUAUAACCAGCUAUAGACAAGCCACCAGUGUAACCACGGUAACGUGACUUUUGGGAUGAUUACACAGCACGCAAUCCCACAGAGCCUGCUGCUUGUUGACAUCUCAUUAAAGGCAAUGACGUGAGACCGGAUGAGCCGGUAUGGCAAGAAGAUUUCAUAAUUUGUUUCAAAACCCCCAACUGCUGAUUCAUUUUGAUUCGAGUGUAUGAGAAAGGAUCAAAAAUCAUCUACCUGGAAGUGGCGGAAAAAAAAGGAGAAAUUGUACUUCAUUACUGUACUUCUUAAUUAUCUUUUGGGAAGAUUUGUGCUUUAUCUAAGUCUUAUUGUACAGAGAAAAUAGGUAGAACUUGACAAAAAAAGGGGUUAAGCCACAGGCUUAUCACAAGUGCUUUACAUUCCGCAGCGCUUGUUUGGAUGGACCUCCUGUCAGUCAUUUUAUAGACCCGCCCCAUGGCAGAAGUCGGUGAGCGCCUAGCGCGGCCAGAUAAUUCUUAAACAUGCUGUGCUUAAGACAGGAAACUCCCUAAACCCAGAAUAAACACUGGCAGUGCUUUUCCAAGAUGGAGUCAUGUAUUACUGGUGAAGGGGACGUUCUGUAAAGUUAUGUUCUACGUAAAGUUUUGAACUGUUUACAUAACGAUUCGAGUAAAUAACGCCUUAUUACAGUGUUCGGGAAGUCUUACUUUUAACUGCAAAGUUUUCUCUCUCAAAUUCUGUAGCCAAAUCCUUCAGGUCUUACAUUUGCUCAACACAUGAAUAGACACUCCCAUGCCUUCCUUUGUCCUUCUUAGAACAGCAGUGUAAUGCAAUGCCGCUAUCUGGACAUGUUUAGUGCUCAAAAUAAUUGUAUCUGGGUCACUGACAAUGACAUGCAUUUUUUUUUUUUUUAAUGUCCAAGUCGAAUAUUUUCCUUUAUAAUAAUUUUAAUAAAUACAUGACAUAUAUCAUCUUAAUUUACUAUAACCUCUUUAUGUGAAUACAUGUUUAGUGCUUCAAAAUUAAUUUUUUCCUCCUAAAAUCUAAAAAAGUCAGGUGGUGCGACUGUCUGUGCUGCCUAUGUGCACUCAUUAAGUAAAAAGCCUAAUUUAGUCAAAUCAGAUUUGAAAUAAAAUAGUUUGGUAUGAUUUUAUGUUUGAAGUAAGAAAGCGUGGCUCAGGUCAUGCAUCAUAAAGAAGUGACUUUAAUGACAAGGUCAGUAGCCCUUUCACUACUGUCAUUUCGAGCAGUGGUUAGUCCGGUUCAGUUUAGCGCGUCAGGUGGUACAACCCCCGAUAACCAUUUUGUUUGUCUAAUUUGAAAAAAGCCUGAAAAGUCAAAAAAACAUGGAUUUCAACAAAUAAAUUCUAUGUCAAACUGUACAAUUAGGUAAGAAGUGUUGAUGAAACCCUAUAUAAAACAUUAUAAGAUCAUCUAUAAGAUCAUUGUCUGUAACUCGAAAAUAUGUUUUUCAAUAUUCCGUGGUUGCGCCACCUGACAUUUUCUUGGAGGUGAGAUUUCAAACGUCUUAUUUGUAAUUAAAUCUACAGUGAGUUCAGAAAGUAUUCAGACCCCUUCCUUUUUUUUUUUUAAUCAUUAACCUACAUGCAAUAAUCCAUAAUGACAAAGCGAAAAGGGACUUUUUUGCAAAAAACCAAACACUGAAAUACCGCAUUUAGAUUCAGUCCCUUGCCUAAGGAACUCGAAAUUGUUAAAAGACAAAGUGAUGAAGUGUUCAGAAAACCUGUAAGAAAGGCUUCCCAUGUGAAAAGA